AGGGCACCAUCGCCAACGCCACCGACCGCGCCCCGUUUAUUAUUCCCCUUCACGCAGCCGCCCCCGUGUCUCCCGUGCGCACCUUCUCGAAGCCAUGGCGGACCAGCUCACCGACGAGCAGAUCGCCGAGUUCAAGGAGGCCUUCAGCCUCUUCGACAAGGAUGGCGACGGUUGCAUCACCACCAAGGAGCUUGGAACCGUGAUGCGGUCCCUCGGGCAGAACCCCACGGAGGCGGAGCUGCAGGACAUGAUCAACGAGGUUGACGCGGACGGCAACGGCACCAUCGACUUCCCCGAGUUCCUGAACCUGAUGGCGAGGAAGAUGAAGGACACGGACUCGGAGGAGGAGCUCAAGGAGGCGUUCCGCGUGUUCGACAAGGACCAGAACGGCUUCAUCUCGGCGGCGGAGCUGCGCCACGUGAUGACCAACCUCGGGGAGAAGCUGACGGACGAGGAGGUGGACGAGAUGAUCCGGGAGGCGGACGUGGACGGCGACGGCCAGAUCAACUACGAGGAGUUCGUCAAGGUCAUGAUGGCCAAGUGAGGUGGCGGCGGGACAGGGGUCUUCCCUCCCACGAAAUAAGCUUAAAAUUCAAGUGGAUUGGAAUGCCAGACAGACUCGCGUGGUUGUAUUUUGUGCUAUGUUUUUUAAGGAUACUGUUGCCUGUUGGGUAGUUGGUCGGGUUAUCUAUCUUGUAGCGGUGUAGUCUUGGGGGAGCAGCAUCGGAAUUACUACCUGGUUUCUUUUGGUUGUGGCACUUAUCUUGUUCGUCUUAUCAUGGAAUUUAGGGGCGUUGUGCAAAUCUCGGUUUUUGCGCUGCA